AUGGUGAGCGAAGACAAGGUGGUGCCCAGUGAGCCGAUGAAUGCAGAAGACAAACUGCAAGAAACUACAACCGACUGUGAGGAUCCCCGUGAUGGCGGAUCUGAUCGGAAUCGUCUACGCCACCAUCCGGGAGACGAGAUCGGGAUGGAAGAUUGUUGA